UCGCGUCGCGCGCGUCGCCGCGGUCCGAUUCUCCGUUCUCCCGUUCACGUUCGCGGUGCGCGUCGGCGCCACUGACGGGUCGUCGGGUAUCAGCCAGCGAUGGCCAGUGAUGGCCGCGGAAUUCGCGACGUGCGUCAGCUCGGGCUUCGACGGACGGGCUUGUUUAUCGUGACGUCGUCCCGGCGAAGAUCUCGGUCACGUACGUUCCGAGAAUCCGGACAUCGCCCGUACCAGGGCAUCGUUCGCUCGUGUGUCACGAGCGUGUAUCGAUCUCCCGGCAAGCGAGACGUACGUUUUACGCUCAACGAAAACUGCUCCCGUGGCCGCGAACAGUUUCGCACGAGCCCCCUCCGUGCUAACUGUGUACCGUGAGAUUAAUCGCUGGAAUAACGACUAUUAUCAGGGCUGGUUUCGUCUCGCUAUACAAUGGCGCGGUGGGAGCGAUAAGAGGAUACGUGGGAGAUCUUUGACGAGGACGGGACGACGACUCCACGCCCCCGUCGGUACCCUUUUUUUUUCGCUGAAGACACGCGCGCAGCGCGAGCGCCCCAGUGAAAAUGGCAGAAGAAGGCGCAGGUGGAUCGGGAAACGGAAGUAGCGGCGAGAUGAGUCGUUUGCAGCUUCUACAAGAGAUGCGACAGCAGAACUUUGAUACCAUUCGAUUUGCGUCAUAUCGUACUGCCUGCAAGCUAAGAUUUAUACAGAAAAAAGUGCAUCUGCACAACGUCGACAUAUGGAACGUAAUCGAGGCAUUUCGAGAGAACGGUCUAAACACGUUAGAGCCGUCGAGCACGUUAGGGGUAUCCAGACUCGAAACACUACUGUCUUCCCUGUUUCACGCGUUGAACAAGAGGGUCCCGGUAUCACAGCAAUCUAAAGUCGACGCAACUACGGCGUUGCUAAUGAACUGGCUAUUGGCUGCUUAUACUAGCGGAGAAAAUAAUAAAAUAUCCGUAUUCUCGGUGAAAGUAGCUCUGGCCACAUUAUGCGCGGGAAAACUCAUGGACAAAUUUCGAUAUAUAUAUUCGCAAAUAUCUGACAGUAACGGACACAUGAUACAUUGGAGGUUCGCCGAUUAUUUGAAAGAAGUUCUAGCUCUAACUGCAGCAGUCUAUGAAUCCCCAUCGUUCGGAUAUUCGGAUGGUCUCGCUAACUCCAUUUUUCCCGCGAACUCCAAAGUUACUGUGAACGAUUUUCUGGAUACGCUCAUGUCGGAUCCUGGACCGCACUGCUUAAUCUGGUUACCGUUGUAUCACAGAAUGGCGGCCGUGGAAACAGUGGCCCAUCCUAUCAUGUGUGACGCGUGUCACAAAGAGAAUUUCACCGGAUUCCGAUAUAGAUGUCAAAAAUGUCAUUCGUAUCAGCUGUGUCAAGACUGUUUCUGGCGUGGUAAAGUUUCGGGAACGCAUAACAAUGAUCACGAAACGAGAGAAUAUAGUAGUUUUAAAUCACCGAGCAAACAGAUUGGUCAUUCUCUGCGAAAGAGCUUUAGAUGCGUUCCCGAAAAGGGAAAGAACAGUUUACCGCGGUUCCCAGAACAGCCCGAGAAGACAUUGGAUCUGUCGCAUAUAGUCCCACCAUCACCUUUACCAUCUCACAACGGUUUUCCAGAUCCAGGAUUUAUGGCUCCCUUUGAUUCAGGCUCGGUGGACAGUCGUUCGACCUUGAGGAGUAUGGACAGUUCAAGACUGGACGAUGAACAUAAAUUAAUAGCACGAUAUGCACAAAGGUUGGCACAAGAAGCUAGGACCAUGCCUCGUACUGCAUCCAGAAUGUCCCAGGCAGAUCAAACAGGGAGAGCGCCGUCGGACGCGAAUUUGGCGUCUUUAGAUGCGUCGCGGGCGCAGCGUGAACUUAUAUCGCAGUUAGAGGCGAAGAACAAAGAGAUAAUGCGCGAGAUAGCAAGGUUAAGAAGGCAACAAGAGAUAGAAGCCGCGGGUCUAGAAAAUCCAGCGUUAAUGUCUGAAUUGCGAGCUUUGCGACAGAGAAAAGACGAAUUGGAGACACAUCUAGCAACAUUGCAAGAUUCCAGAAGACAAUUGAUGGUACAGCUGGAGGGAUUAAUGAAAAUGUUGAAGAAUCACCAAGCAUCUCCACGAUCAACGCCAAACAGUUCACCGCGAAGUACAAAAUCGCCGCCUUUGCCACCUGGUGUUAUCCCGAGCAGCAGGUCGGCACCGCCAACUCCCGGUGGCCCGUUGUCUACAACGCCUCAACAACAGCAACAGCAGCAGCAGCAACAACAACAGCAGCAAACGUCGCAACAAAUGUCCCAGAGCUAUCAAAGUUCCGUUCCAACGACAGUGGCUAACGUACAAGGCAAUGCUAUCCUUGGCACGAUACAAAAUCCUAUUCCGGAUAGCCUGUCGUGCGUUGGCGGCGAUGUAAGGUCUGCGUUCAGGACAAACAGCUUACCAGGAAGCGGUUCCAGCAGUGCCAAUAAUAGCUUGGGCCGAUCCUUAAGAAACGACUUACUGGUAGCUGCCGACAGCGUUACUAAUGCCAUGUCGACGCUUGUGAGGGAAUUAAAUUCAGACUCAGACCAAGAGGACCUUUCUCACAACUCUGGGCUAAUGAACAUCAGAAAACCAUUAGAUUUUGAAGCCGGCGAGGACGGGGAUGACAGUAGCGGUGGUGGAAAUUCUUGGCGCGAGGAAUUGCAACGGCGCUAUCAACAGGAAAACGAUUUUCUGGCGGAAUUACGAGCUCGUAAUGCAAACAUACCGCAAACACCAUCGGCCACAUUGUCCAGCGAACAGGAACAGGAGAGAGGUGAACGAGAGGAGGCAGAUGGAGAGAAGGAAGACGAGAACGAGUCCAAUUGGGCGGAAGCGGUGAAGAGAUGGGUCAAUCGAUAAAUUAAUCUAGAACGAAAUAUAUUAGGCAUUAGAUAUUUGAAGGUGCAGCUUGAGAAAUUUGACGAAGGAAACGUGCAAAUCGCAGCAACGAUCGAAUCAGACACACACGCGCGCGAUAUGGAUGUAUACUUUGAGAUAUUAGUAUACAAUGUAAUCUUUAAUAAAGAAUUGGAUGUUGUGCGAUUUCAAAAAACUAUGCAUUUAUGAGAUGGUAUAUACUUGAAAUCACAAAAGAUGAUGUGAUGAAAUGGAUUAAUCAUUAUACGAAUCUCAUGGAGAUUUUCUCAUACAAAAUAAGUACUAUAAUUAUUCUUAGGAUAAUAUUUGUAUUGCAAAAACAUGCAACAAUGAUUUUGCUACUUUACUUAUCUGCAAUUUACAACGUGUAAUAAAACUUUUAUAGUUUGUUAAAUAUACAUCCAUAUAUAUAGAUACUAUUCAAAAAUAAGUAUCUCCGUUUUUUAUCAUAUCUUUUUAUUUAUUGUUAUUAUUGUUAUAUUUGUGUAAUUAUUAUUAAGAGAAUUAAAUGAAAUAUGCAAUAGUACUUCAUCUAUCUUGUAAUUCCAUCGCUUAAAAGUUAAUUUAAUUUUAAGAGAGUAUACGUCUGUACAUAUUUUAAACAAUUAUAUUCGAUAAUUAUGUCGAAAAUCAAUUUUAUCAUCUCGCAAUAUUAUUCACUCAGAUGUUUAUAUUAUAGAUCAUACAAAAAAUGUUGCAAUUACCGUACCAUUGACCAAACCUGAACUAAUUAACUAUAAUAGUAUAAGAUGAUGGCAAUUUAAAUAAUCAAUUUUUUAAUAUAUUACGAGUUUAGCUUGGUUGAAGAGCCAAAGUGUGUUUUUGUACAUUCGUAUCAACGCUUAAGAUACAAUAUGCUAUUAAAUAAAUAAAAAACUAAUAAUAUGUAAACGAGUAUAUAUAAAUAUAAAAGUCGACGCAUUAGAUGACGCUUUAAAUAACGAUUCUGAAUUGAUAGCAUUUGCAGUUAUAGAAUACGAAAGAGUAGAACGAAACUAGUCUUAUAUACAAAGUACUUAUUUUCAGUUUCUAGAAUAAGAGAGCAUUCCAAUUAACAAUCCAGUUGUUAAAACUGAUGACUGCUAUUAAUAAGAACCAAUGCGUUUUGUAACAUUUAAAUAAGCAUGUCGUGUCCGUGAAAUAUCCUGUGUAUAUAUACAUAUAUGGAUUUCAAAAUUCUUCCUUUGUCUAUCUCUUCACAUACGAAAAUGAUGUAGCGCCUACAUGAUACGAAUACUGAAUAAAAUUUAUAUAGAUAUACAAU